AUGUCGCAACAAGACUCAGAGGCGGCUGAUGCCCCGCCACGAUCUGCGUCACCGUCCAAUAGCUUCUAUGCUUUGAGCGAUGACGAAGAGGGCGAAUACAACACCAUCACGCAUGCUGAGACUGGCAGGGGCGUGAAGCUGCUAUUCUCUAAGAGCAAGGUUUACGUGCAUCCGACUCCAUCCGCAAAGGAUAACAUCGCCGGCUACAUUGCCCUCCUUCAACAGCGAGGUCAUCACCGCGACGAGCGCCCCUCCUCAUCUUCUUCCUACGAAUCGAAUUCCAUCGCCUCGUCCGACCUCCUCCUCGCCUGGGUACCGGAAUCGACGCUCGGCGAUUCGGCUAGCAUCUACGUCAAGGUCGAUCUGUGCGACGGCGACUCGCCCCCCAAGCAGUCGUACCUUGUGCCUCCCCCUCCGACCGUCACAAGCCACGUCGGGUCCGUUGGCGGAUACGCCUUUGCGAUUCCCGUGAGCGCCAUCUAUUCGCUUCUCGUUCGGCCUCCGAGCCUCGGCUGGUGGUAUGGCUCCGUCAUCAUCAACUCCCGCGCGGGCGACAGCUUUCCUGCCUUGUUCUUUCACGACAAUGAGUGCCAGAGCACCAUCCUGCAAAAGAAGAAGCUCGCUCGAGAUACUUUCGACCCAUUUGGCGAAAAUGGCCAGAUGUUCUGGGGUGGCGAUGAGGUUGUCCGGUGGUUACGUCGCUACGUCAAGAUUGAGCGCUCAGGUGCUGAGCCCAAUAUCUACUUGAUUGAGCCUUCAAAGGAGGAUAGUGAAGCCUUUGGUUCCAAGCUCACUUCGAGCGCCACGCAAAUCGGUCGUCAGGAUAGCUUUGCGAUGCAGCACCGUGGUCCUGGAGGGCUAUCAAACCGAGACGCACAGAUGGAUCCGUUCGUCAAGUUUGUGAAAGAGACUGGCUGGAACAUUAUGGAGAAGUUUAGUAAAGUCACCACGUUCACGCGAAGGGCAGCCCAAGAUUUCGUCGACAACCCGAACUUGCCGCCACAGGUCAGGCGGCUGCUCAAGAACCCUGAAGUUCAGACCCUCCAAGACGAGUUUGACAGCGCUAGAAUCUACUUGGCUCGUUGGGCUAUGGGAAUUCAGGAGCAGAGCGACCGAGAUCGAAGACAAAGGAUAUGGUCCGCUCACGAUGUGAUGGAGCUUGAGGAUACGGAUGUUGGCGAAUUUGAGCUACUUGAGGGCGCGAGCAGUUUGUCGCUUGAGGAGCGCCGGAAAACAGUCACCAUAAAGGAGUGGAACACCUUCUUUGACCCCCAGACAGGUCGACUGUCGAUUACGAUCGACGAGGUAAAGGAGCGCAUCUUCCAUGGAGGUCUAGAUGCCGAGGAUGGCGUCCGAAAGGAAGCCUGGCUCUUCUUGCUGGGAGUUUACGAGUGGUACAGCACCUCGGAUGAGAGGAAGGCUCAGAUCGCCUCUCUUCGAGAUCAGUACUAUAAGCUCAAGCUCUCAUGGUGGGAGAGGCUUGAUGGCGAUGGAGGCGAAGGAGAGACGGGCGAGUGGUGGCGCGAGCAAAAGGGGCGGAUUGAAAAGGAUGUUCACCGAACAGAUCGCAAUGUGCCCAUCUUUAUGGGCGAGGAUAUUCCUCAUCCUGAUCCCUCGUCACCUUUCGCCGAAGUCGGCACCAAUGUUCAUCUCGAGCAGAUGAAGGAGAUGCUACUCACUUAUAAUGAGUACAACAAGGAUCUUGGAUACGUCCAGGGUAUGUCGGAUCUUCUGGCACCCAUCUAUGCCGUGAUCCAAGACGAUGCCGUUGCCUUUUGGGGAUUCCAAAAGUUCAUGGAGCGUAUGGAGCGCAACUUUCUACGAGACCAGUCUGGUAUGCGCAGUCAACUUUUGACGCUGGAUCAGCUCGUCCAGUUCAUGGAUCCAACGCUCUGGAACCACCUGCAGAGCGCCGACAGCACCAACUUUUUCUUCUUCUUCCGCAUGAUCCUGGUCUGGUACAAGCGCGAGUUUGUUUGGCUUGAUGUGCUGCGGCUGUGGGAAGGUUUGUGGACGGAUUACUUGAGCGCCAACUUUCAUCUGUUUGUGGCGCUGGCCAUCUUGGAGAGGCACCGAGAUGUUAUCAUGGAGCACCUGAAGCACUUUGAUGAGGUGCUCAAGUACGUCAACGAACUUUCCAACACAAUCGACCUUGAGUCGACUCUUAUCCGCGCCGAGGCCUUGUUCAAGAGGUUUCAGAGACUUGUUGAGGCGGUUGACAAGAAGGGCAACUUCCCUGCACCCCGUGUCACUCAACAGAGUUCGUCGACCUCUUCGACUACGACCAACUCUGGGCCAUCAACAGAUGCCAAGUCACCCGGUAAAGGCAAGGCGCCUGAGCCCGCAUCGCCUGCACCACAGCCAAAGGUCAUUACCCCUGAGCUACGCAAGCUACUGAGCAAGAACGUAGAGGUACUCCCUAGGAAGACGGUGGCGCAGAAGGGAGAUGGGAUGCCGGCAAAAUAA